UGCAGUGCGGGAAGCUGCGGCGGUACCGAGGUGCGGGGGAACCGCCCGGAGGCGGGAGGCGCAGCGGCCGAGGCGUGUCUGCGCUGGUGACCUGAGAGAGACCCAACAUGACUGUACCUUCGGUGGCGUCGCUCGCCGGACCGCUCUUCCCGAGGUUUCUCUAAGUCAACCCCGGGUGGAACUGCUCCCAGGUGACGUCAGAUACUGUCCACGAGUGCUUAUGGAAAAGAUGGCUGAUAUUAACCUCAAAGAAGUAACCUUAAUAGUUGGUGUGGUUGCUGUUUGCUAUUGGAAUAGCCUGUUUUGUGGUUUUGUUUUUGACGAUGUUUCAGCAAUACUGGAUAAUAAAGACCUGCAUCCAUCUACACCUUUAAAAACUUUAUUUCAGAAUGAUUUCUGGGGGACCCCUAUGUCUGAAGAGAGAAGCCACAAGUCUUACCGUCCCUUAACAGUAUUGACAUUUCGCUUAAAUUAUCUGUUCAGUGAACUAACACCAAUGUCAUAUCAUCUCCUAAAUAUGAUUUUUCAUGCUGUGGUUAGUGUGAUAUUUCUGAAAGUCUGCAGACUUUUUCUGAAUAACCAGAGUAGUAUGAUUGCCUCUUUACUUUUUGCAGUGCACCCAAUACACACAGAAGCAGUAACAGGUGUUGUAGGACGAGCAGAGCUCCUGUCCUCUGUCUUUUUUCUGGCUGCGUUUUUGUCAUACACUAAAUCAAAAGGACCAGGUAACUCCAUAGCGUGGACUCCAAUUGCAUUGACAGUUUUUUUAGUGGCUGUUGCAACACUGUGUAAAGAACAAGGAAUAACAGUUGUGGGAAUUUGCUGUGUAUAUGAAGUAUUUAUUGCCCAAGGGUAUACUUUGCCAUUGUUAUGUACUACUGCUGGACAGUUUCUUCGUGGAAAGGGUAGUAUUCCAUUUUCUAUGCUGCAGACACUAAUAAAACUCAUUGUUUUGAUGUUCAGCACACUGUUACUUGUUGUGAUUAGAGUCCAGGUUAUUCAGUCGCAACUUCCAGUGUUCACCAGGUUUGAUAACCCAGCUGCUGUAAGCCCAACUCCUACAAGGCAGCUGACUUUUAACUACCUGCUUCCUGUGAAUGCUUGGCUUCUAUUAAAUCCUUCAGAGCUCUGCUGUGAUUGGACCAUGGGAACAAUACCACUGAUAGAGUCAUUUCUAGAUGUUCGAAAUCUUGCCACGUUUAUUUUUUUUUGCUUUUUGGGAGCUUUGGGAGUAUUUAGUCUCAGAUAUCCUAGUAAUUCCUCCAAGACUGUUUUAAUGGCGCUUUGUUUAAUGGCAUUACCAUUUAUUCCUGCAUCAAAUCUUUUUUUCCCAGUUGGAUUUGUUGUUGCUGAGCGAGUAUUAUAUGUUCCUAGCAUGGGGUUCUGUAUUUUGGUAGCCCAUGGAUGGCAGAAAAUAUCAAACAAAAGUGUAUUUAAAAAGUUAUCCUGGGUUUGUCUAUCUUUGGUGAUAUUCACUCAUGCCUUAAAAACACUCCACAGGAAUUGGGAUUGGGAGUCUGAAUAUACGCUGUUUAUGUCAGCCUUGAAGGUAAAUAAAAAUAAUGCCAAAUUAUGGAAUAAUGUGGGUCAUGCUCUGGAAAAUGAAAAAAACUUUGAGAGAGCUUUGAAAUACUUCUUACAGGCUACGCAUGUUCAGCCAGAUGAUAUUGGCGCCCACAUGAAUGUAGGAAGAACUUACAAAAAUUUAAAUAGAACCAAAGAAGCUGAAGAAUCUUACAUGACAGCUAAGUCGCUGAUGCCUCAAAUUAUUCCUGGUAAAAAAUAUGCAGCCAGAAUUGCACCUAACCAUUUAAAUGUUUAUAUUAAUCUGGCUAACCUGAUCCGAGCAAAUGAGUCCCGACUGGAAGAAGCAGAUCAGCUGUACCGACAAGCAAUAAGCAUGAGGCCAGACUUCAAGCAGGCUUACAUUAGCAGAGGAGAAUUGCUUCUAAAAAUGAAUAAACCUGUCAAAGCAAAAGAAGCAUAUCUUAAAGCCCUAGAGCUGGACAGAAAUAAUGCAGAUCUUUGGUACAACUUGGCAAUUGUUCAUAUUGAACUUAAGGAACCAAAUGAUGCGCUGAAAAACUUUAAUCAUGCUUUAGAACUAAAUCCAAAGCAUAAACUAGCAUUAUUUAAUUCUGCUAUAUUAAUGCAAGAAUCAGGAGAAGUUAGACUCAGACCUGAAGCUAGAAAACGACUUUUAAGCUAUAUAAAUGAAGAGCCACAAGAUGCUAAUGGUUAUUUCAAUUUGGGAAUGCUUGCCAUGGAUGACAAAAAGGACUCUGAAGCAGAGAUGUGGAUGAAGAAAGCCAUAAAAUUACAAGCCGACUUCAGAAGUGCUUUGUUUAAUCUGGCUCUCCUGUAUUCUCAGACUGCAAAGGAAUUAAUGGCUUUGCCAGUCUUGGAGGAAUUACUCAAAUACUAUCCUGAUCAUAUCAAGGGUCUCAUUUUAAAGGGAGACAUCCUGAUGAAUCAAAAGAAAGAUAUAUAUGGAGCAAAAAAAUGUUUUGAAAAGAUUUUGGAGAUGGAUCCAAGCAAUGUGCAAGGAAAACACAAUCUCUGUGUUGUUUAUUUUGAAGAGAAGGACUUAUUAAAAGCUGAAAGAUGCCUGGUUGAAACAUUGGCAUUAGCACCGCAUGAAGAAUAUAUUCAACGCCACUUGAGUAUAGUCAGGGAUAAAAUUUCUUCAUCUAGUUUUGUAGAACAACCUAUAUUCCCAGCUGGUAAGACUUCAGGUGUAGAAGGAGAUAAAAUUCCGACUGAAAAUGUAAAAGAAAUAAAAAGCGAGCCCAGACCUACACAGAUAAUAAAAACAAAUGAUAAUAAGAGUCAAUCUAAAGCCAGCAAACAAUUAGGAAAAAAUAUAGACAAAGAAAUUCCCCAGAAAACAACAAAAGAAAUCAAAGAAAUUGAGAAGAAAAGAGUUGCUGCUUUAAAAAGACUAGAAGAGAUUGAACGUAUUUUAAAUGGUGAAUAGCAUUACUCUUUAUCAUGUGACAGGGUUUCAAAGAACUUCAGUCUAUAUCAUGUGAUUACUUAUACUGGGAGCUUUGAAAAAUAGCAAGCAUACUAAGAGUCUCUCAUGAGCUGCCUCUACGUAGUAUCAAAAUAAGAUUUUCAUUAAAGACCCUUUCAUUACCCCAGGAUAUGUUUUGUAUUUGACAGUAGUUCUUUGAGUUUUGGGGACUGUAGCAGAAAUUUCAGUAAUCACAGGUGGCAAAUCUGUAUCUUUUCUUACAGAAGGCAGAUUCUUUCAGCAGAAUAAUACUGACUACUCUCAAUUAAAAAUAAUCUGAGGUCUGAAUGAUAAUCCCAUGGUGGCAAAUCCAACAUGUGCUGGUUUAUUCUGUGAAUUCACAUUGAUUAGCUAACCACGAUUUCCUUUAACUAUUGGAGUCUGACUGUGAGUUGAAAACACUAUUGAACACAUACUUUUUUCCUUUGUGACCUUCUAUUUAACCAAGGGACUUUGCACUACAAAAGAAUACUGGCUGGCUUUCUUUACUUUGUAUUCUUUUUUGAUUUUUAGAAGGAAAGCCAGAUGAGACAUUUUAAAAUAAGUCACUUGACAUGUUAGCUUUAGAAUGUAUUAAUAUUUCCAUAACUGUGUACUUGUCCUUAACUUCCCUAUCUAUAUGGCAGUUUUUAAUCAGGGAAAGUUUUAAAUAAGUAUAUAUACACACAUUUCUGAUGGUGCUCAUUUAUACUGGACUUUCAUUUCUUUUGUGUACUGAGUUUCACAGCCUGAACCACAUAAUCAUUGACUCUGACUUUUAUUUCCCAAACUAUUCCUGUUUCUUAGGGUCAUAGUCAUAUUGAGAAAUCCCAGUAAGUAUAACUUCAUUAAACUUUUGAGUUAAAAAUGUAGGAAGAUUCUCUUUCAUGUUAGUGUUAAUCUUUCUAGUGUUACUUGAAUUUUAAUUUUGUUUCCAAAACACACCUUAAUUAGAUACCUAAAUUGAGUUCUGUUUAACUGAAGGCAAAACAAUAUGACAGUUUAUUUUUAAACACUAAGUUCUUGAUAGCUAGUUAUGGUGUAUAUUUUUAUUAAAUAUUUAUUUUGACUACUGAGCUUUCAUAAAAUUUUUAACACUUUUAAUUCCAUCAAGUAUGGGAAAUGCUAUUGCAUUUUUUUUCUCUGCACACAUAUAUUAUUUGUUGUUAUUGUUCAGUUGCUCAGUCAUAUCCAACUCUUUGAGACCCCAUGGACUGCAACAUGCCAGGCUUCCAAGGCAUAUAUUAUAGUUUAACCAAAAUUUCAUCAUGUUUGGCCUACUGUCCAGCUAGAAGAAAAGGUAAUUAGCCUAAUAUAGGAUUAGUAAAUUAGUCUGCUGGUUUUAGCACAUUUAAAGCUGAAAAGUGUUUGAAGAGUAGAUACAAAUCAAUUUAUUAAUUUAAAUCUGAUUUUUUUCUUGAGUUAAAUUGUGUUUUAUAAUACUAAUAUAGUUGGUUUUAGUUUAAAAUGUUAAAGCUCAAGCUAUCAUCCUGCAAUAGUAACUAAUUUCUAAUAAUGUAGCAUUUCAAAAACUAUUUCUGUUCCUUUGAGAUAAUUUCUAAUGUUUCAAAAACCACAUUCUUGUAACUUUUUUCUUAAAUGUUUUAUAAAUAGAUCAUAAGAAACAUGGUCUGCAUUAAAGACCCACUUUUACUAGGUUCUCUGAGGCUCUGUCAUAGAUUAUUUUUUAGGCAAUAUAAACCAAGCACUGACAACAGUGGUUAAGUUCAUUUUUGAUUCAUUAAAGCAUUAAAGCAAUACCUAAUUUCAAUUUUUAAAUUACAGCUUUGUUACUCUAGAUAUAUGAUGGCGAAUACCUCAUAUACUAUGACUUGAAAAAUGAAAUUGUUGUUACAUUUUCUGCACAUAUCUUGAGAAGUUUGAGUUUACUGUCUUCUUUUACAAUAUCAAGUGAGGAUAGUUGUGAAAAGGCAAUCUUUUAUGACAGCAGACCAUAAUAAAAACUUUGAAUAAUAUUUUAAUAAAAUUAUGUAAGUAUUCAAAAGAUAUAUUAAUAUUAUCUAAUGAUUUUUACAGAAAAAAAUGUUCUCCAUAUAGAACUUAAAAUAAUGCCAGUCAUGUUGGAAAUGUUCAUAUUUUGGCUAAUUUAUUUAAAUCAAAUUCACUGUAAUAAUUUUUCCAAAUCAUUGUUUCUAAACCUUCCUUUCAUAUUAGAAUCAUCUAGACUCCACCCUACAACAGUGAAAUCUGAAUUUCUUAUUGUCAAGCUGUGCUUCAGUUUUUCCAAAGGCUCUCAGAGUGAUUCUAAUUCAUAGUGAGGGUUAAGGACCACUAGUCUAAAUUAGUUCAAGAAAAUCUUCCCUCUCCCAUGUUAACUUUUCAACUAGUGAUAUAAUCCAAUUAAUUUCUGAUGCUUUAACUUCAUUAAGGAAUAUGUUCUUCUGAUACCUAGUAUUUAUUUCCUCUUAAGUUUCAUCAAACUUAUGUAUAAGAUUAUUUCUUCUCUUUAAAUUCAUAAUACAAAUUUUAUUCAAAUUGUUCAGGUGAAAAAGGGAAUGAAUAUUUUUUUCCUAUGGAGCUGCCAUUUUGGGGAAAUGGAGUGUAGGGAUAUUUUAGCCCAGUUCACUAACUUGUUCCAGAGUUGUAAGCAUCUUUAAGUUUGUAAAAGAAAGCUUAUCAUAGGUUUAUGUAUUAGUAAGGAGAUGUAGUUUUAGUUCUUGCUGUUUUACAAAAGAACCUACUCUCUAGGAGUUGUAGGAAAGCUUUGACAAUCCCCAAGGGGUAAUUGUGCUACAUUUUCCUUCACUGCUUCUCAGAAGGAAGAAUUAACUCUCAUACUGUUCCUAUAUGUGUUUCCUUACUAACAUUCAGAAUUGGGAAUUUUGUCUUAUAAUAAUUAUUCCAGUAAGUAAUUUUUAUGAAGUUGAUAACUUGGAGGAUAAAACAAAUAUGUUUGCAAUUUUGUCUUUACCUUUAUGUAGAUAUCUGGAAUGUGACUUACUCAAGUCUAUAAAACCUCAUGCCUUUCAUCUAAUUUGAGCUCUCAACUUCAUGUCCAGAAUGCUUCUUUAAAGAUGCUUUAAUGAAAAAUAUUAUGAAAAUAUAUAGAUUUGUAUGUCAAUUUAUACUUCAGAAAUCCAUAUAUUUGUCAUAUUUAUUUUUUUAAAAACCUCCUAAUUGUCUGCAUGACUAAGUGGUAUUUAAAAUGAAACCUCAAAUAUAUCUGGUACCUUUGUCUGUAGAGUUUUGUUGGAAAAUGUCACCAUCCUUGUUAAAAUUUCAUAAAAUAGUUGCUAGUUGUAUGCAUUUUAUAUUUCUAUGGCAUCUGUGUGUACCAUAUUUCUAAGUAUUCAGUAUUAAAUUGAUACUUUUUAAAUGUUAA